UUCUAAAAUUUGCCCUCAGACAACAUGAUCACCCGCCUAUUGGCAAUGCAAUCGUUGCCGCAGGAUGGAUUGCCUCCAUGCCCAAUGCAUUCACUGGCGGUGAAACCGUGCCGGGGUCAUCCUUUGGACCGGAGCGGUACACGACUGUUGGGUUCUUGAAGGUCAGCAGAUCCUCAAUGGGAGUCUGUAGGUCAAGAGCUCUUUCAAUAUCUUUCAAGGAAUAUGUAGACUACGUGUAAUCAUACUUCUCGAAUUGACACUUCUUUCUCGGUCUGAUUCUUCCCUCUGUCACUCAGCUCAGCAAUUCCCUUUUGACCAUGGAGCUGUCACUAUGGUCAUUGAUCUACAGCGUCAGCGCUGUGAGCUGCCUCAUCCUCAUCUCCUACACCAUCUACACCAUCUUCCUGCACCCGCUCGCCAAAUACCCAGGUCCACUCCUCGCUCGCCUCACCGACCUCCACUCAACAUACCAUGCUGUCCACGGCGACCGCCAUCUCGAAUUCCAACGCCUCCACUCAAUCUACGGUCCUAUCGUCCGCUUCGGACCCAACAGCCUCUCCUUCAAUAGCAGCGUGGCCCUACGAGAUAUCUACGGCGUCAAGUCGAAUGUUCGCAAAGCGCGCUUCUAUGAGGCUUUCUGGGCGAACAAACAUGCGGCCAGCACGCAUAGCGUUAUUGAUAAGCAGAUGCACGCGCGCAAGCGCCGGGUGUUGAGUCAGGCCUUCUCCGAUGCGGCGAUUCGGGCUGCGGAGAAGUAUAUCCUGGUGCAUGUGAGGGAGUUUUGUGAGAAUCUUGGAGGUGGUGAGACGAAGCAUCUGCGUGACGGUCGCGGAGUGAUUGUCCAAGGUGAUGGCACUGCUACUUUCCGGCAGCCGGUGAAUUUUGCCGAUCAGGCCAACUACUUGACCUUUGAUACUCUGGGCGAUCUCUGCUUUGGAAAGUCCUUCAAUAUGCUUCUACGUCCGGAUAAUCGUUUCGCGAUCGAUCUCAUCGGCAAUGCGGCCCGUCGCCAUCUCAUCUGCGGCACAUACCUACCUCUGCAUGAGUAUCACCUUGACAAAUGGCUCUUCCGGCAGAUCGCAGCUGGACGCGAGCGUUACAUGCAAUAUUCUCGCCUGCAGGCCGCUGAGCGGAUGUCAUUGUCAUCUUCCACGGCAGGGGACAAAGGAUCAAAGGAGGAGCGCAAGGACUUCUUCUACCAUCUGACUCACGCCAUCGAUCCCAACACCGGCGAGCGAGGCUUUCCUUCACCCACCGAGCUCUGGGCUGAAAGCAACCUCCUGAUCAUUGCGGGUUCGGAUACGACAUCUACAGCUCUGGCGGCGACAGUGCAUUACCUUCUCCACUCACCCCGAGCAAUGGAGAAACUGACUCAAGAGGUCUUUGAGGUAUUCCCUCUCUCAGACGAGUUGUCAGGGGGCGUUGAAAGAAUCACGGGGCAAUCCGCCUCUUCGAUCAAGCUACCAUACCUCCGAGCCUGUCUUGACGAAGCAAUGCGACUCUCUCCCUCUGUGCCGGGUCUCUUGCCCCGGGAAGUCAUGCCCGGGGGUGCGACCAUUGAUGGAGUUGAUAUCCCAGCAGGGACGAUCGUAGGCGUUCCACAUUACACCCUGCAUCGGAAUGCGAGAUAUUAUGAGCGCGUGGAUGAGUAUUGGCCGGAGCGAUGGCUAGUGGGCGCGACAAUUGCUGGUGGAGUCGUGACGCGGGAGGCAGUAGAUAAAGCGGUGGGAGCGUUCUGUCCCUUUAGCAUUGGAGCCCGAGGCUGCAUCGGUAAAGGUACGUCUGAUAUCGCGUCUAAUACUCCCCGGUCUGCGACGGAAAAGAAUUUCGAAGAUGAUCAAUCGCCAAAUUCAGUGUCGUUGUUGACUGAUCGACUAAUCACACAUCGCAGGUCUGGCCUACACACAACUCACCAUCGCCCUGGCCCGUAUUAUCUACCUGUAUGAGAUGCGACUCGCAGAGGACAAGCCAAUGACGGGAUUCACUGUUGAGUA